GCCGGUUGCGGACCCCCGGCGCGCGCAUCCCCCGCGGCGGCGGCUGCCAUGGCGACCGGCAGUAGCCGCAGCCGCCGCAGCACCUGAGCCGCUGCUGCCGUCGCCCAGGACGUCGCUAUGGCAGAGCCGAGGCGCAGCCUCCAUCCCUCUGCCGGGGGCACGGGGAGAACCGAGCGGCGCACGCUCCGGCUCCUGCGGCUGCUGCUCUGGGUUGGCACCGCCGUCCAGGUGACCCGGGGAGCGGGCCCGGAGCUUCACGCCUGCAAAGAGUCUGAGUACCACUACGAAUACACGGCGUGUGACAGCACGGGAUCCAGGUGGAGGGUCGCUGUACCACACACCCCGGGCCUGUGCACCAGCCUCCCCGACCCUGUCAAGGGCACUGAGUGCUCCUUCUCCUGCAGAGCUGGGGAGUUUCUGGACAUGAAGGACCAGUCCUGUAAGCCUUGUGCUGAGGGCCGCUACUCCCUCGGCACAGGCAUCCGGUUUGACGAGUGGGAUGAGCUGCCCCAUGGCUUUGCCAGCCUCUCAACUAACAUGGAGAUUGAGGACAGCACCACUGAGUCCAUGGAGAACUGCACUGCGUCCAAGUGGGUUCCCCUGGGUGACUACAUCUCUUCCAACACGGACGAAUGCACAGCCACGCUGAUGUACGCUGUCAACCUGAAGCAGUCUGGCACUGUCAACUUCGAGUACUAUUACCCAGACUCCAGCAUCAUCUUUGAGUUUUUUGUUCAGAAUGACCAGUGCCAGCCUAAUGUAGAUGACUCCAGGUGGAUGAAAACCACAGAGAAAGGAUGGGAAUUCCACAGUGUCGAGCUAAACCGAGGCAAUAAUGUCCUCUAUUGGAGAACCACAGCCUUCUCAGUGGGGUCCAAAGUCUCCAAGCCUGUGCUGGUGAGAAACAUCGCCAUCACAGGGGUGGCCUACACUUCAGAAUGCUUCCCCUGCAAACCUGGCACAUAUGCAGACAAGCAGGGCUCUUCUUUUUGCGAACUUUGCCCAGCCAACUCUUAUUCAAACAAGGGAGAAACUUCUUGCCACCCGUGUGACCCUGACAAAUACUCAGAAAAGGGAUCCUCUUCCUGCAAAGUGCGCCCAGCCUGCACGGACAAAGAUUACUUCUAUACUCACACAGCCUGUGAUGCCAAUGGAGAGACACAGCUCAUGUACAAAUGGGCCCAGCCGAAAAUCUGUGGUGAGGAUCUCGAGGGGGCUGUGAAGCUGCCCGCCUCUGGCGUGAAGACCCGCUGCCCACCCUGCAACCCAGGCUUUUUCAAAACCAACAACAGCACCUGCGAGCCCUGCCCUUAUGGCUCGUACUCCAACGGCUCUGAUUGCAGCCACUGCCCAGCUGGGACUGAGCCGGCCGUGGGAUUUGAAUACAAAUGGUGGAACACGCUGCCCUCAAACAUGGAAACCACCGUUCUCAGUGGGAUCAACUUUGAGUACAAGGGCAUGACUGGCUGGGAGGUGGCUGGUGAUCACAUUUACACGGCUGUUGGAGCCUCAGACAAUGACUUCAUGAUUCUCACUCUGGUUGUGCCAGGAUUCAGACCUCCACAGUCGGUGAUGGCAGACACAGAGAAUAAAGAGGUGGCCAGGAUCACAUUUGUCUUUGAGACCAUCUGUUCUGUGAACUGUGAGCUCUACUUCAUGGUGGGUGUGAAUUCUAGGACCAACACUCCCGUGGAGACAUGGAAAGGUUCCAAAGGCAAACAGUCCUACACCUAUAUCAUCGAGGAGAAUGCUACCAUGAGCUUCACCUGGGCCUUCCAGAGGACCACUUUUCAUGAGACAGGCAGGAAGUACACCAAUGACAUCGCCAAAAUCUACUCCAUCAAUGUCACCAACGUCAUGGACGGGGUGGCCUCCUACUGCCGUCCCUGUGCCCUAGAAGCUUCUGACAUGGGCUCCUCCUGCACCUCUUGUCCUGCUGGCUUCUACAUUGAUCGGGAUUCAGGAACCUGCCAUUCCUGCCCCCCUAACACAAUCUUGAAAGCCCACCAGCCUUAUGGCAUUCAGGCCUGCAUACCCUGUGGUCCAGGGACCAAGAGCAACAAGAUCCACUCUCUGUGCUACAAUGACUGCACCUUCUCAAUCGGCACCCCCACCAGGGUUCUGGACUACAACUUCUUGGCUUUGGCAAACACCGUCUCUCUGGCCGGAGGGCCAAGCUUCACUUCCAAAGGGCUGAAAUAUUUCCAUCACUUUACCCUCAGUCUGUGUGGAAACCAGGGUAAGAAAAUGUCCGUGUGUGCAGACAAUGUCACUGACCUCCGGAUUCCUGAGGGUGAGUCGGGUUUCUCCAAAUCCAUCACAGCUUACGUAUGCCAGGCGGUCAUCAUCCCCCCAGAGGUGACAGGCUACAAGGCUGGAGUGUCCUCGCAGCCUGUCAGCCUCGCCGACCGACUUAUUGGGGUGACAACAGAUAUGACUCUGGAUGGAAUCACCUCCCCAGCUGAACUUUUCCACCCGGAGUCCUUGGGAAUACCGGACGUGAUCUUCUUUUAUAGGUCCAACGAUGUGACCCAGUCCUGUAGUUUUGGGAGGUCAACCACCAUCCGUGUCAGAUGCAGUCCGCUGAAACCCACCCCUGGAAGUCUGUCACUGCCAAGCACAUGCUCCGAUGGGACCUGUGAUGGCUGUAACUUCCACUUCCUGUGGGAGAGCCUGGCUGCUUGUCCGCUCUGUUCCCCUGCUGACUACCACGCUAUCGUCAGCAGCUGCGUGGCUGGGAUCCAGAAAACUACUUAUGUGUGGCGAGAACCAAAGCUAUGCGUGGGUGGCAUCUCCCUGCCUGAACAGAGAGUCACCAUCUGCAAAACGAUCGAUUUCUGGCUGAAAGUGGGCAUCUCUGCAGGCACCUGUACUGCCAUCCUGCUUACCGUCUUGACCUGUUACUUUUGGAAAAAGAAUCAAAAACUGGAGUACAAGUACUCUAAGCUGGUGAUGAACGCUACGCUCAAGGACUGCGACCUGCCAGCAGCCGACAGCUGUGCCAUCAUGGAAGGCGAGGAUGUGGAGGAUGACCUCAUCUUUACCAGCAAGAAGUCACUCUUUGGGAAGAUCAAAUCAUUUACCUCCAAGCAGCCAGCUCCUGUCACCAUCUCUCUUUCAGAGGACUCCUGAUGGAUUUGACUCCGUGCCACUGAAGACAUCCUCAGGAGGCCCAGACAUGGACCUGUGAGAGGCACUGCCCUGCCUCCCCUGCCUCCUCACCUGGGCACGUCACCUUGCAAGCCUGUGGCAAUUUGGGUGCCAGCUUCCUGCUGGAAAUCUCUUCAUUGUGGCCUUAUCAGAAGAAGUUUGAAUUUCAGAUAUUAGUUUUUUUAUAGAGUACCCAAGCCCUCCUUUCUGCUUGCCUCAAACCUGUCAAAUAUACCCACACUUUGUUUGUAUAUUACUCCCUUGCUUGCAUCUUGUUUCCCAAAAUGGUCCAGCCACCAGAGUCAUAGCUUCAUCUGCUCAUAACUCUUAUAGCUCUGGAAUGAAAAUAGUUCUCUCUUAAAUAUAGAAACAACUUCCUCUGUCCCCUUAUUUAAGGGCAGAAGCAGCUGGAGGUUUGUCCGAUGAUAUGCCCUUCAGCUCAUGAUCUCUUGAGGAAAGAGGCUGGGUAAGGAGGGUGUUGGCGUUCCCUUCUGGACCAUCAUGGUAGCCUGGAUUCAUCUCUCCUGGAUAACCAGCUCACAUUAAAUUUCAUGCACAUAGGCUGAGGGCAAGGUGAGUAAGGCCUGGGGAAGAAAAGGCUCGAUAAGCACAAAGAGAGACAAGAAGGAAAGUUUUAUUUGUUUUAUUUUUUAAACUAGGUACUUUACUCCCUUUUUCUCAGUAAGCAAUAAAUAUUCUCACAGGAGCCAAAGGAAAAAGUGCACCAAGAAAAUACCCAAAGCCCUGGUGAAUCUAUUCUCCCAACACACACUUUUUUUUUUUUUAAACAUCCCACCAUCUCCCUAGGACACUAAAGAGAGCCAGGUAAGCCCCAAACACAGAUGUUCUAGCUUUCUUCUCUGCUUGCUUUGACCCACAGACAUGACAAACCUUACCAGUAAGGAAAAUUUCCUGUCCUUGAGGGCCCCAUUCAUAGAGAUUUGAGCCUUAUCAUUGGAACAGGGGGAUCUUAUUUUGAAAGAACAUAAGGAAGCCAAAGUUUUAACAGGGCCGUCCUGGAGGAUCCGGCCCACAACGGGAAGGACCCGAGGUGGCUAGGAUGUCUGCUUCUAAGCUUAACCAUCUGCUCAGCUGCAGAAUAAACAUUUUCUAGGCUGGCCAAAAAAGGGAAUUGACUCCCAGCCCAUACCUGAGCCAGAGGACCAGAUCAGUCUUCAUGGAGGAAAGACUAGAGGAAUUGAACAAGAUAUUUGGCAAACUGGUACAUGUCAUGCUUUCAAGCCCCUAACCUUCUCUGUUUCCUGUUCCCAUUUCUUCUGUGUGCUAAAAAAACUAAAAAGACUUCUAGUCCCAAUUUCUGGCAGCAUCCUUUCUUAAAGGUGAGUAAAGUGAGUGUCCUCUGUGCCUCUUUUCUCCACUUUUACACCCAGUAUAGUUGAUGGACUUUAAGUAACUACAAUGGCAAAAUCAGUGCAAGAGUUUAAAGUUCCCAUUUUCUUUUUACUACUGGUGAUCCUCCCUCCCAUGUUGUCACGCUGGCAUGCCCAUCCCUUGGUCAAGGACCCAGUUAUCCUUGGCUGUGCCUAUCUCCUUUUCUGAGUGGCCACCUGGUGCCCACAGUAUAGGUAUAGCAUGGGAUGGCAAUUCAGGGUGGUUUGUCUGCCAUACAAAGGAUCUGCUGAUCUGAUGAGGCAUGGCUGCCCUGGCAGUGGCCUUAGAAAAGGGUCAGUGAGAACAGGGCCCUGCUGUGACCUCUGGUCAUCAGCAGCAUUACUGAAGGCAGGCAGUCCCAUUGGUUCAAUAAAUCUAGAAGCUUUGGGGGGUAUCCUCCUCUCGUGGGAGUCAGGUUCUCAGAUCCUGUAGCGAUAUUGGAAUUUCUCCCAAUGGAUGCAGAUACCUAGCUCCUGAACUCUAGUGUAAAGUUUUCUGUAGCUUCAGCAACACCCAGAAAGCAUCUCCUUUCCCACUGAAUAAAUUUAUUUGGUGACAAGAGCCAUACAAGGUCCUUAGAUGACUCUGGAAGCAGUAGGAAAAAGUAUAUACCCUCUUGACUUCUUUAUCCUGACCUCUUGAAACUGAGUGCCCCCAGACUGACCUCAGACUCCACUGAUUUAGGCAUAAUGCUUUAACCAUCUCCCUUUUACUAUCCCUUAGUGUACCGACUUCUACAGAUCUUCCCUAUGUCCUGCCAGGAGCUCCUGAGUUAUAAUAUUGGAAUCACCUGUUCCUUAGACAUAUUUUAUAUUUUUAACAGCCCUAUUGAGGUAUAAUUCACAUACCAUACAAUUGGCUCAUUGAAAAUGUACAAUUCAAUGGAUUUUAGUAUAUUCACAGAAUUGUGCAGCAAUCACCAUAAUCAAUUUUAGAAUAGACACAUGUUAGAUUUUAUAUGGGAAAAGCCUUUCUCUCUUAAACCAAGACUAUAAUGGUUUGCACAGGCUAUUGGGGGAGAUAAAAUACUUAAAUCUCAUUUGGUUACCUAGAGUGGAAGGCAUAAGUAAUUCUCAUGUAAGCAUCACCUGAUUUGGCUGGGAAGACAAAUGAGCAUUUUGGUAUAUUCAAGGACUGGGCGAUUUCUUAUACCAACACAUUUUUUUUUUUGGUCUGACUCUACAUUAAAGAUAAGACUGACUAUAUUUAUACAAUAGAGACUUUGUAACGGAUUUUUCAGCUUUGUGAAACCAAAUUUUCAUCUCAUCAAGACUGCUUGGAUUUCCUUUUUAUUUUGUAUUCCAAGAGUUUGUAGUUUGUUAGGGGAUGGCUAUGGCUUGUCACAUUUUUCCCCUUUUCUUUUUUUGUCAAAUAAAAACAUAUGUUUCAAGUU